AAGCCUUCGUCCGUUUUUAAUGUCGUCGUCGCAUUGACGCACUUUAAUUGAUCUGCAAGCCACGAGCAAUAUAGUUUUUCUUGAGCAAUGGACCAGCGUGCGCUACUAAUUUGCCUCACAGCGUUGCUUUUAUCCGCCACGCCAAGUUCUUCAUUGAAGAAAAUUUCGCAUCACGGAGACGACGAACACUUUUUCGGUGAGAACGUGACAAAUUCCCAGCCGGACUGUUUUGGACUCGCAAAGAAAAUUCUGCAGCUGUUUACACCCAACAACCGACACGACAUCAGCACUCGAUUUUUCCUCUCGACCAGGACCGGAAAAGCGAGAAAAGAUGAGAGAAAAGAAAUACACGUGCGGCCAAGUAUCAACUUGGGACCAAGCUUUGAUAAAAACAAGAAAAUCGCAAUCAUUUGUCAUGGAUACAAGGGAAAGGCCGACAACUCGUGGGUGCGAGAUAUGGAAAAAGCUCUGUUGCAAGCUGAAGACAUGAACGUGAUAAGUGUUGACUGGAGGCACGGUGCUGAUAAAUUUAAUUACAUCCAAGCUGCAUCCAACACUAGAGUGGUGGGAGCCGAACUUUCAAGCCUCGUCCAGCACAUGAUCGUUAAAAUGAACAUAUCGGCUAAAAAAUUCCACCUGAUUGGCCACAGUCUCGGAGCUCAUAUCGUGUCUUAUGUGUCUACGCACAUAACUGGAAAAGUCAAGAGAAUCACUGGAUUGGAUCCGGCGAACCCUUGUUUUUCCCCAAAAGAGUUUGGCAUGAAAUUGGACAAAGGGGAUGCGGAUUUUGUGGACGUCAUUCACACAAACGGUCGCUACACCAGAUAUGGAUUAGGAUUGCAGUUUCCUCUCGGUCACUUGGAUUUCUAUCCAAACGGCGGCUCGGAGCAGCCUGGCUGUCGGAUUCCACACGAUGCUUCAGUUUGGAAAAAGCUGAGGGCAAUUGGACUUGAUGCUGUCGAAAAAGUCUGGAACAAUAUCAAGUCACCUAUUUGCAGCCACAGCAAAGCAGCAAAGUACUUUAUCGAAACGAUUAAAGCAGGGGGAUGCAACUUUUGGGGCCACAAAUGGGACAUUUACAAUCCAAGAGCUCCGACUAAUUUGACUUGCAAUGAAGAGAAUUGUGCCCUCAUGGGCUACAGGAGCGAUAAAUACCGCGGAAAAUCCAACACCUUUUACGUUUUCGUCAAGGAUGCAACUCCUUUUUGCGUGCCCGAGCCUGAAAACGACGUGAGAAUGGGAAAUAAAUAUCAAACCUUAAUUCCAGCGAUCGGCAUGCUGCCAGUCGAGAUGCUACUUGACAGCGAUGUUUUCUAUUUCGUUGCCAUCAUAUUGGCCCACAACCUGGUUUCAACUCUGCCUUUUGUGCUGAUAUCGGUGCUUCUUUUGAUUGUCGAUGUGAUGCGUUGGUACGGCUGGAAAAUUCACACCGUCAACAGAGAAAUGAAAGGUAUAAAUUAAGGUUUUGAAAUAUUC